UCUUAAGGACAUCAACUUUUUUUAAAUAUUUUUUGGUAUAUAAAAGAAGCAAAAUCGCAACAGAUUAUUAUACAGUUUUUCGUUGUCGAAAUAGGUAUACCUCCAAUCCAAUCAUGCAAUCUGUCGUAGCCGUUCUCUUCGCUCUUGCCGCUGUAGCAUCAGCUGGUCUAGUAGUACCCCAAGCCUACAGCUACGGAUUAGGAUACUCCAGCCCUUUGGCUUACUCUGCAGCCUACUCUUCUCCACUCGCUUAUUCUGCCCCACUCGCCUACUCUUCACCUGUAGCCGCCUACUCUGCCCCUAUCGCCUAUUCUGCUGCCGUAGUAGCUGCCCCCGCUAUCAAAUCCGGAUACGUUGCCGCUAAUCCUGGUGCUGUCCACACUGCUCCCCUUCCAGAAGGACCUCACGCUUUCAGCCACCACCUUAACACCGCCCCAGCUCCAGGAACACACUACUAAAAUUAGUUUUCUCAGGACCAAAUUUGAAUAAAUAAUAAAGUGAUAAUGUGAAUCUAUAUUUGCCUUUCUAUUAUUUUUUUGAAAUCUCUAUAGGCUCAGGCUGUUGCAUUCAAAGGUAUCUUAUUAGUUUAUUUUCAACAAAAAUAUAAAUCUAUGGAGUUU